CGACAACACAUUGGUGACUCACCAUCGACGGAAAACAUGAGUCGCAGCAGUGGAGAUGAGAGCAAGCGGCUGCUUGACGCGGCAGCGGAGGAAGGCGAUGACGCUGUGCUGAGCGUGCUGCCACCCGCGAUGGAGGACGAGACCGCGGAGAAUGUUGGCGGAGGGGAUGUAGAGGACCGCGGACGCGAGGGCGUCGCUGGCACAGAGGGUCGUCCCUCUGUUGAUGGGGACCACGACGGCGAGACUGCAUCCGGGUCCAGGAGAGGCCAGCCGGAUGAGGAUGACGGUGCAGUUCAGGCGGCCAGUACAACCACCACAGCAAAGAGAAAAAAGAAGAAGAAACAACAAAAGGACAAGAAGCAGAAGGACAAGAGAAAGGACAAGAAGGCUGGUGAAGGUGUACAAGAACAACAACAACAACAACAGCAAGAUGGGCGAGGACUGGACGAUUACGAUAAGCAAUCGGGCGAGUACAUUAGCGCAGAGCCACAGCUCCAAGAUGAGCCGACGGCGCUGGGCAGCGCGGUGUAUGAUGUGCCAGACACCACACCUCCAGUCACUGCCAUCGCUGGACCAUACAAUCGCGACGACGAUGAGAUGACGACGGGCUACCAGCGCAUGCGCUCGGAUUCAACCCGAUCCGUCACCAACGUCCGAUCCUCAACCAUUUGCGGAUACGCGUGGGUGCUGACGCUGUGCUUGAUAAUCUUCGGCUUUAUUCCAUGGGGCGCCAUCGAGCUUCAUCGGCACAACCAGGAGACGCACGUGAUUGCGUGGUUUGUGGCGGGCGUGUUUGUGUGCCUGGCCGUCCCCAUGACCAUCUGGGACGUGGCCAUGCACCUCAAGCACUGGAACAACCCCAUGCUGCAGCGACACAUCAUCCGCAUCCUCUUCAUGGUGCCCAUCUAUGCAAUUGACUCGUGGCUGGCGCUGCGCUUCCCCAACAUCAACAUCUACUUUGAUGUCGCACGCGAGACAUACGAGGCGUACGUCAUCUACAACUUCUAUGUGUAUCUUCUUGUGUUUCUCCGCCAGCGGCCGGACUUUGACAUUGACAUUCACAAGCGAGAGCCGUUCCCGCACAAGUUCCCGUGCUGCUGCCUCAAGCCGUGGCGCAUGGGCCAGCCGUUUCUCAACGCGUGCACACACGGCGUCACCUCUUACGUCGUUGUUCGCCUCCUUACCACCAUCAUCGCGUUCGCCUCAGCACUCGGCGACAGAUACGGGGACGGCGAGUUGGCGCUUGACAAGGCGUUCGUCUGGGUUGCCAUCUUCAACAGUCUGUCCCAGGCGUGGGCGAUGUACUGCCUGAUUCUGUUCUAUUACGCGUUCAAACCUGAUUUGAAGCCCAUGCGCCCGCUGCCCAAGUUUCUGACCAUCAAGGCCGUCAUCUUCUUCUCCUUCUGGCAGUCCGUCUUCAUUGCCAUCCUUGUCAAGGCUGAUGUCAUCAAGGAGAGCUCGACGUGGACGUACUACACGCAGGAGAGCGUGGCUGCCGGCAUCCAGGACUUUCUCGUCUGCAUCGAGAUGUUCCUCGCAGCCAUCGCACACAGAUACGUGUUCUCGUACAAGGAGCACCUGACUGCGAGUGACCGGGGCGAUGCGCAGCUCUCCUUCCGCCGCGCCGUUGUCCAGCUCCUCGACGUCCGCGACGUUGCACACACCGUCUUCGACCACGUGCAGACCAUCUACACGAUCGACGGAAAGCUUGCGCAGCGACGAACGCUGGACAAGACGGGCGAGCACACGGCACUGCUGACGGGCCAGGCGCCCUCGCUGCUGUCUGAACCCGCGCCGCCAAAGGACGGCGAAUACGGCGCUGUCAAGCCCGCGUCAAACGUGUAGCCGUGGUGUUCACGCCACGUGAUGGUGGUAUGAAGUCGGAUGGGAUGGGAUACGUGGAGGGAGGGGAUGAAGGAGAAGGGAUGAGGUGGCAUGAGUGGGUGUGGUCGGCGUUGAAGGGUAGUUGGUUGGUUGGUGGGUUGGUUGGUUGGUUGGUUGGUUGGUGGGUUGGUGGGUUGACGGUGAGGAAGGGAAAUGCAGGGGUGAGUGUUAACCAGAGAAUCUAACUGUCCGCCUCCAUUACAGUAUGAUGGCAGAGCA